AUGGAAGGCAGCCAGUGGACUGCCGAACCCUGGGCCCCUGGGGAGGCUUCUUCAGUUGUUGCUUUGCCCCCAAUUGGGGUGGAGAAUCACUGUAAUUAUGCAAGAGAUUAUACUGUUCGGCGUCCUUCUGCUUCCCGGUGUCGACCUAACUUGGCAUUUGCUGUUACUGCUGUCUUCACUUCCGUACUUACCUUAAUUUUCGCUAUAUCGCUGUGUUUCCACCCCGUCGUAAGGGCAACGCAACCGAGAACAGCGCUUCGCAGGCUUUCAGCUGGCGUUGAAACUCCAGAAACACCUACCAGCGAUGGUUCCCCGGAGUACCUAUGCGAAGUUGCCCUUUCCGUGGGAAGGUCUCCCUCAGAGAUGCCCGAAUCUCCGGAACUUCCCGUGGAAACUACGGAACCAAAAGAGGAGGCAACUCAAAUGCAUGAUACGGAAUACAAUGAAAAAACGCCUUCGACGGACGCUUCAGAGGGAUGGAACGAGAGAGGCAACAAUAUGCCCCUUGAAGGCGAAAACCCAAUGUUUACCAAUCCAGUCACAAAAACUAUUAAUGAAAGUUUUCCCGCCUCACCCGUGGAAGAAGAAGACGAGUCUGAAGUGCCAAGUUCUUCCGUGGAAGUCAUAGAGAUCUCAGACUCACCAGAGGAAGAGAGAUAUCCAGAGGUUGUAAUCAUAUUAGACGAAGACUCAGUAGACUGCACAAAAGAAAUAGAAAUGUCUCCCAAAGUGCGCACACCGACCGGGCCUCCGGUGUCCCCGCCUUCUGUGAAAUUAAGCCCUUUAUUUUACGAUAAAGUUGUUGGUAAGAGGGAGCGGCAGACUAGGUUGUUUGACGGCUUUGACGAGCCGCCAGCGAAAAGGUUGGCGGCUGGAGAAGGGGAGCCGGACCUUGCAGUGGAAAUUUCUCGGCUUGAUUCACUUCUAGACGACCCCCCUCGAACGGCUGUCGACCUGGUGCGGACACGCCUUCUACACUGGCCGCAACCUCAGCCGCCAUAUUUUCCCGCCAGAGUGAAAUUGGGGGACGGAGUUGAGUACCCCCUGGGGCAUGUAGGCGCUAAUGCGUUGACAUUGGGGCGUUCGAAACAUGGAAAUUACCUGACAGCCGGCGGCUUUGGUGAUAGUAUUCCCAAUGAUAUUUAUCUUGCGCUUUUUGGAAUACCGGAUAUUGAUAAAUCUGCAGGCCCACGUUUUGAAGUGCCGGAGGCUGGUGAAUCUGCAGACCAAGAUCAGGGUCCUGUGGUGAUUUCUUCAGAUUCAGACGAUGGGGCGUCUGCGGGAACUUACAGCCCCAGCGAAAGUAAAACGCUUCCUUGA